AUGGAGCCGGAGCGGGCAGCCCGGUGACCUAGGCAGAGGCGGUGGCAAAGGGGCAGCCCAGGCCCCUAGAGACGGUGAGCAUUUGAUGGAGGAUGCUGGUUCGCUAAGAGCAAAGAGGUUCUCUUUGUGUGUGUGUUUUGGGGAUGGGGCCUGUAGUGGCAGGAGUCCCAGCAGGACUGGGUCUCUGGGUCUGACCCUAACUGCUCCACCACCGGCUUAAGGGUGACGCUGACCACACCCCUUCUCCUCCAACUCCACUGGGACCCCAGGAGGAACCAGGACCGGGGUGGGGUGGGGGCAGGCACAGACAAAACAGUGCAAGGUUGGGUGCUGUUCGGAGGGACCAGGGGUGGAGGAGACCCGGAAUGUGACUGGGCAUUGAGGUGCCUCACGGAAGAGAACACUGAAUUUGGGUCUUGAAGGACGAGUAGGAGUUCUCCAUGUGAAGAGAGGUAAUGAUCAUUCCAGGCAGAGGCCAGAAGUGUGAAACAGCCUGGCAGGUUUCAGGGAGAGCAGCUGGAGCAUGAGUAAGAGGGUGGGGGAGGGGCAGGGCCUGACCCCCCAGGGCCUGACGUGUUGGGUCCUGUGGGGCUGGGUUAGCCCUAAGACAGUCAGCCUGUCCCUGGUGACCAAGUACUAUGUGGUCCCUGAGGAGUGUUGCAUCAGCCAACCCACCAAAUGGUCCUCAUGGCCAUUGCUGACUAGGGUGUGCUGCAUGCCAGGCCGCAUCUGCUCUGUCCUCCCAUUUUACAGCUGCAGCAACUGAGGCCCAGGGAUCCCCCAGAAAGCCAAGCCAGGACCAGAAUCUAGGUUGUCUGACCUGGGAACUGGAGGCUCUUGGCCAGCUGCUGUCCUGCUUCCUGGUCUCAGAGCCUUAAGAAAGGGAUAGACAGAAGCCAGCUAAGGGUGGGCAGGAGUGGAUUGUGGGGCAUUUAGGGGCCGUGCCCCUCACUCUCUCCCUGCUGAGAGUCAGAGCUGGUGGAGAGGGUGCCCAGGGCCUGCCCUAGACCCUGUACCUCUUUAACUCCUUCCUUCAGUUUGUGACCCCAGUCACCUUCUCCUGAAAGCCCUCCCUGACUUCCUGUCUAGGGCAGGCCCCAUUAUAGGCUCACUUGGCCCUCGGACUUGGGGACCUCAUGGCCUAAGGCCUGACUUACCUGGGCCAGGGGUUUCCUGAGUCCAUUCGCCGCUGUACCCCAGCCCCCAUGGGGCCUUGAGCUCAGUAGGUGUGUACAGAGUGAACCAGUGUCGAUGGAGGAACACAGCUCACAGGAUCCCUGGGGUUCAGCUUCAUGGCGGCCGAGGAGAUGCACUGGCCUGUCCCUAUGAAGGCAAUUGGCGCCCAGAACUUGCUAACCAUGCCAGGGGGUGUGGCCAAGGCUGGCUACCUGCACAAGAAGGGCGGCACUCAGCUGCAGCUGCUCAAAUGGCCCCUGCGCUUUGUCAUCAUCCACAAGCGAUGCAUCUACUACUUCAAGAGCAGCACAUCCGCCUCCCCGCAGGGCGCCUUCUCGCUGAGCGGCUAUAACCGGGUGAUGCGAGCGGCUGAGGAGACAACGUCCAACAACGUCUUCCCCUUUAAGAUCGUCCACAUCAGCAAGAAGCACCGCACGUGGUUCUUCUCAGCUUCCUCUGAGGAUGAGCGCAAGAGCUGGAUGGCCUUGCUGCGCAGGGAGAUUGGCCACUUCCACGAGAAGAAGGAGCUGCCCCUGGACGCCAGUGACUCCAGCUCGGACACAGACAGCUUCUACGGUGCAGUGGAGCGGCCCGUGGAUGUCAGCCUCUCUCCGUACCCACUGGACAACGAAGACUAUGAGCAUGAUGAUGAGGAUGACUCGUACAUGGAGCCCGACUCCCCUGAGCCCGUGAAGCCUGAGGACACCCUGACCCACCCGCCAGCCUACCCCCCGCCUCCUGUGCCCACGCCCAGAAAGCCAGCCUUCACUGAUGUGCCCCGUGCCCAUUCCUUCAUCUUCAAGGGCCCGGGCCCUCUGCUGCCACCCCCACCCCCUAAGCGCGGCCUCCCUGAUGCUGGCCCGGCCCACGAGGACUCUAAGAGGGACCUGCUGGGCCUGAAGCGGACCGAGCCUUGCCCCAGGGUGCCACCUGCCUCCCGGAGGAUGAGCGACCCGCCUCUGGGCAGCAUGCCCACCGGGCCCAGCCUCCGGAAAUCCCCUUGCUUCCGUGAGAGCACCAGCCCCAGCCCGGAGCCCUGGGUCCCCAGCCACGGGGCCAGCUGUGCUUCCAGCACUGCUAGCACAGCCACUGCUGCUUCCAGGAACUGUGACAAGCUCAAGUCCUUCCACCUGUCCCCCAGGGGGCUGUCCACGUCCGAGCCUCCACCCGUGCCAGCCAACAAGCCCAAGUUCCUGAAGAUGGCUGAAGAGGCCCCCCUGAGGGAGGCAGCCAAGCCUGGACUCUUUGUGCCCCCUGUAGCCCCCAGGCCUCCUGCACUGAAGCUGCCUGUGCCUGAGGCCGCAGCCCGGCCUGCAGUCCUGCCCAGGCCAGAGAAGCCGCCCCACCCCCACCUCCAGCGAUCACCCCCCGAUGGGCAGAGUUUCAGGAGCUUCUCCUUUGAAAAACCCCGGCAGCCCUCACAGGCUGACACCUCGCAGGCCGACACUGGUGGGGAGGACUCUGAUGAAGACUAUGAGAAGGUGCCACUGCCCAACUCGGUCUUUGUCAACACCACGGAAUCCUGCGAAGUGGAAAGGCUGUUCAAAGCCACGAGCCCCCGGGGGGAGCCCCAGGACGGACUCUACUGCAUCCGGAACUCCUCCACCAAGUCAGGGAAGGUUCUGGUCGUGUGGGAUGAAACCUCCAACAAGGUGAGGAACUACCGCAUCUUUGAGAAGGACUCUAAAUUCUACCUGGAGAGUGAGGUCCUGUUUGUGAGCGUGGGCAGCCUGGUGGAGCACUACCACACCCACGUGCUGCCCGGCCACCAGAACCUGCUGCUGCAGCACCCCUACGGCUAUGCUGGGCCCAGGUGACGCCUGCACCAUGUGCUGCUGGGCAGAGGCGACCCCGGGGGCCAUGACCUCAGUGCACACAGAUGGAGACUGGCUGGCGUGGGAGCAUGAGCAGGAGCGAGCACCGUGCUUUGACCCGGGGCCUCCCCAGCAGACACCCUGUAGAAUCUGCCAGGCCAGGCCCCACCCAGCAGGCUGGGUCCCCUGGGCUAGGCCAGGCCCCAGGCACCAGAGGAUUGAGGACUCUAUCUCACCCUGCCUGCCCUGCCCACUUCUCAGGAGCCCAGGGUCCCAGGACGGAGCCCUGCCUGGGCUUCGUGGACAGGAAUUCUGGUCCCCUCCAGCACACGCAUCCUGCCCUGGGCUGGGAGCUGAGCAGGGCUGGGGCAUUUGGGGUAGGGGCAGGGGCUGGCCCCAGGAUCCCCCAGAAAUGCUAAGAUACAGCCUCCAGGAGGGGCUGUUGCCACACAAUAAAGCACAGAAGACCUUUGCUUAGGUGGCUGGGGCUUUAUUGGGAGGAAGGAGUGACAGGCCUUAAUUGAGUACCCACACCAAUGUACAGGUGGUGACUGCAGCAGGUCAGCUCACAGAACCCUAAGAGGUGGUCUCCCUGUCUUCAAGAGCACAGGUUGCUAAAUCACUUGCCCUGGCUGCACAGCUGCUAAAAGAACGGGUCCCAAACUUGAGCAGUCUGAGCUCAGAGCCUGCACUCCCAAAUCACCAGCUUCUACUGCCACAGGUCAGGUCUAGGCAAUGGGGCUGCAGAGCCAAAAGAUCCCCCACAUCUCCCAUUGGGUCAUUUGCUGGAUUAACAAAUGGUUACUGGGAGACAGCUGGGCAGGAGGUGCUCACAGUGCACGCUGUCCAGGGCAGUGGGGUGUGCAGGGGCUGGGAGCUUGGAACCCAGCUGGCGGCUCCAGGAAGAUUUCUUGGAGGAAGUGGCGGCUACAGUGGGUUGGGAAGAGUAGACCCUGAGUAGGCCAAGGGUGGGCAGGGACCGUGGUACCCAGAUGCCUGAGUCUCCGGGCAUCCCCAGCUCAGACCCAGCCCUGAUCAUCCCUCACUUCCUGCGUUGAAUUCCAGCAGGCCACUCUCCCUGGCACGGUCAUCCAGGCUGGAUUUCUUUUUGUGAAAAUAGACUCAGCUGGGUGUCAGGGCUGGCAGGGAUCCCAGGGUCAUCUGAUACUGCACUUUAUGAUGAGAAGGAGGAAUGUGCUGUGUAAAACCCAAGCCACAACAGCACUUGUGCCCAUUGGUUAGUGAUUAACAGCCCCUGGAGUGACGGACAAUAAUUAGACUACUUGUGGUGACCACGAUGAAGUCAACUCAGAAAUUGAUAAACAAUGUACACCUGAAAUUUCACAAUGUUAUAAACCAUUAUGAUCUCAAUAAAGUCACUGAGAUAAAUAAAUAAAUAAAUAAAUAAAUAAAUAAAUAAAAACAGCCCGUCGAGGA